CCCCACCUCCGCACCGUUGCUCAAAACCGCGGCCGCCAUCCUCGACUACCUUAGUCUUUGAACUAUGACCCUUGCGGUCUUCUGAAGUGAAUCCAUAACCAACGUUUUUAUUGUGUGUCUAGUUCUAAUUUUCCGUUUCGACCCCCUGCGACUGACCCCUGGAGGAGGACCUCCUGGAUCAUACUUUUAUCACAGGCAUUGUACAUAGUUGAUGCGUCGGUGAUAAAACAGUCAAACCAUGGAAGACGCCCACGCGAAAACAGUGGAGGAAGUUUUAAACUACUUCAAUGUUGACAAGGAUAGAGGUCUCACUCUUGACCAGGUCAAGAGGAAUCAGGAGAAAUAUGGACCCAACGAGCUUCCCACUGAGGAAGGAAAAUCUAUUUGGCAGUUAGUCCUUGAACAGUUUGACGAUCUUUUAGUUAAAAUCUUGUUGUUAGCCGCUAUUAUUUCUUUUGUUCUUGCGUUAUUUGAAGAACAUGAUGACCAGCUCACAGCUUUUGUUGAACCAUUUGUCAUUCUCCUUAUCCUUAUUGCCAAUGCUAUAGUUGGUGUUUGGCAGGAAAGAAAUGCAGAGUCUGCAAUUGAAGCUCUUAAAGAGUAUGAACCUGAAAUGGGUAAAGUCGUCAGGGGGGACAAGGCCGGUGUACAGAAAAUCAGGGCCAAAGAGAUUGUUCCUGGUGAUGUUGUUGAAGUCUCAGUUGGAGAUAAAAUCCCAGCUGACAUUAGGUUAAUCAAAAUAUAUUCUACAACAAUCAGGAUAGAUCAGUCUAUUCUCACUGGUGAAUCUGUCUCAGUAAUCAAACACACUGAUCCAAUACCUGACCCAAGGGCUGUGAAUCAGGACAAAAAGAAUAUUCUUUUCUCUGGUACCAAUGUUGCUGCUGGCAAAGCCCGUGGUGUUGUUAUGGGAACCGGCCUGAAUACUGCUAUUGGUAAGAUUAGGACUGAAAUGUCUGAGACUGAAGAGAUCAAGACUCCACUCCAACAGAAACUGGAUGAAUUCGGUGAACAAUUGUCUAAAGUCAUCUCUGUCAUCUGUGUUGCUGUCUGGGCCAUCAACAUUGGUCAUUUCAAUGACCCUGCCCACGGUGGAUCUUGGAUCAAGGGUGCUGUCUACUACUUCAAAAUUGCUGUUGCCCUGGCUGUAGCCGCUAUCCCUGAAGGUCUUCCUGCCGUCAUCACUACCUGCUUGGCCCUUGGUACAAGACGUAUGGCCAAGAAAAAUGCCAUUGUACGCUCUCUUCCAUCUGUUGAAACCCUCGGCUGCACAUCUGUCAUUUGCUCAGAUAAGACUGGCACACUCACCACCAACCAAAUGUCUGUCAGCAGGAUGUUUGUUUUUGAGAAAAUUGAAGGAUCAGACAGCUCUUUCUUGGAAUUUGAAAUCACUGGAUCUACAUAUGAGCCAAUUGGUGAAGUUUUCCUUAAAGGCCAGAAGAUCAAGGGAGCUGAUUAUGAAACUCUACAAGAAAUUGGAACUAUCUGCAUCAUGUGCAAUGACUCUGCUAUUGAUUUCAAUGAAUUUAAACAAGCUUUUGAGAAGGUCGGAGAGGCUACUGAAACUGCUUUGAUUGUUCUUGCUGAGAAAUUGAAUCCCUUCAAUCUUCCAAAGACCGGUUUGGACAGGAGGACAAGCGCUAUUGUUGUACGUCAAGAUCUUGAGACCAAAUGGAAGAAGGAAUUCACCCUCGAAUUCUCCAGAGAUCGUAAAUCCAUGUCCUCAUACUGCGUUCCCCUCAAACCCUCCAAGUUGGGAACUGGACCAAAACUGUUUGUCAAAGGAGCACCCGAAGGUGUAUUGGAAAGGUGCACCCAUGCCCGUGUCGGUAACACCAAAGUGCCAUUGAACGCCACCCUCAAGAACCGCAUCCUCGACCUCACCAGGCAAUACGGUACUGGGCGUGACACCCUUAGGUGCCUUGCUCUUGCCACCGCUGACAACCCAAUGAAACCCGAUGAAAUGGACCUUGGAGACUCCACUAAAUUCUAUACUUAUGAAGUUGGCCUCACCUUUGUCGGUGUUGUUGGUAUGCUUGACCCUCCAAGGAAAGAAGUUUUCGACUCCAUUGUCAGGUGCCGUGCUGCUGGAAUCCGUGUCAUUGUCAUCACUGGUGACAACAAGGCUACUGCUGAAGCUAUCUGCAGACGUAUUGGCGUCUUCGGUGAAGAUGAAGACACAACUGGCAAAUCCUUCUCUGGACGUGAAUUUGAUGACUUGCCAAUCAGCGAACAGAAACAAGCUUGUGCGCAUGCUAGGCUCUUCUCUCGUGUAGAACCUGCCCAUAAAUCCAAAAUCGUUGAAUAUUUGCAAAGCAUGAAUGAAAUCUCUGCCAUGACUGGAGAUGGUGUCAAUGAUGCCCCUGCACUCAAAAAAGCUGAAAUUGGUAUUGCCAUGGGCUCUGGAACUGCUGUCGCUAAAUCUGCAUCUGAAAUGGUACUUGCUGAUGACAACUUCUCUACCAUUGUAUCUGCUGUUGAAGAAGGUCGUGCCAUUUACAACAAUAUGAAACAAUUCAUCCGUUACCUCAUCUCCUCCAACAUUGGUGAAGUCGUGAGUAUCUUCUUGACUGCUGCUCUUGGUCUUCCUGAAGCUUUGAUCCCUGUACAACUUCUAUGGGUCAAUUUGGUCACUGAUGGUCUUCCAGCUACUGCCCUUGGUUUCAACCCUCCUGAUCUUGACAUCAUGAACAAGCCACCAAGGAAGAGUGAUGAAGGUUUGAUCUCUGGAUGGUUGUUUUUCCGUUACAUGGCUAUUGGUGGAUAUGUAGGUGCUGCCACUGUUGGUGCUGCUGCUUGGUGGUUCAUGUACAGCCCAGAUGGACCACAGAUGAACUAUUACCAACUUACUCACCAUCUUCAAUGUAUUGGAGGUGGACCUGAAUUCGCCGGAGUUGACUGCCACAUCUUCCACGACCCUCAUCCUAUGACCAUGGCCUUGUCUGUCCUUGUAACUAUUGAAAUGUUGAACGCCAUGAACAGCUUGUCUGAAAACCAGUCUCUUGUCACAAUGCCACCAUGGUCCAACCUUUGGCUCAUUGCUUCAAUGGCUCUUUCUUUUACACUCCAUUUCGUCAUCCUCUAUGUUGAAAUCCUUUCCACUGUAUUCCAAGUGACACCACUGAAUGGGGAAGAAUGGCUUACUGUUAUGAAAUUUUCAAUUCCAGUUGUGCUUUUGGAUGAAACCCUUAAAUUUGUUGCCAGGAAGUUUACCGAUGUUGGAGAGCCUGUUGUCAUAAGGAAAUAAGGCUGUGAAGCAGGGUGACGUACAAGACAAAUUCAGUUUUGUGUAUUCUGGUAGAUUAAAAAAAAGAUCAACAUUAGAUUAUCCAUUAAUUAUGUAAAGUGAUAUUUAAGAAUCAGUCGAUUUAUGUUUCAUUUCCCCCUAAAACUUACUUAGAAGAAAAUAAAAUCAAAGUGUACCUUUUAGUUUCCUUUUACUGCUUUUUGCUAUUGACCCAAUAGUUUUUGAACUAGAGUAAUUUUAACGCUUGUAUCUCGAAAGAGGUCUUGAUAGAAAAUUAAUGCUGAUAAGCCAUAAUAAGUUAACACAAAAAAAUUAUAUAAAUCUUCAGUUAACGUAUAAAUUUUAGCUGCAUUGAACAAACAAAUAGAAAUACAAAAAGCAUUUUUUUUAAAUGUGGUGCCUUAUUUUUUGGCAAUUAUAUAUAUGCCAAUAUACCAGAUAAAAGACCAACUAUUGCUAACUUUCAAUUAUUUAUAAAGAAACCAAAUGCUCAAUGUUGCUGCUUAAGUAGAUAUUUUGUGCAAAAAUUGUCCUGUUGUGUCAAGGCACAUAAAGAGAAAUAAAUUUGUUUAUUUUAUUAUCUGUGCUUGAACAUUCUUGAUUUUAAAUUCAAAACUUCCAUAUACAUACACUAAACUUAAAUUUUAAUAGAUCCUGAUAUCGAUGACGAAAGAAUCUUUACUGAAUGGUUAUUUAUAAAUUAAACGAAAGCUCAUUAGUUAGUGAUUUUACUAUACAUAUGUGAUUUUCAAAAGAUGAGCACCAUAUUAACAAUGUAAUAAUUUUUCAGGCUUCUUAUCUAAAUUAAAAUGCUUUGAGUGAAGGCGAAGUUUAUAAAACAUUUAAACAAUCUGGCGUUAGGCAGUGCUAUUCACUAAUUCAUAUUUACUUUACAGCUGGCUGUAGAGUAUUCUUGUAAUUGCUUUUUACAUUUACUUACUAACAAUUUUCUUUUGCAGUUGGCGAACAGGUUGUCCAGCGUUUCUAGAGAGUUCUAGAAAACAACAAUAAUUAAGCUUAAUUUUCUUUUUCACCCAUGCUCUCUUAUUUUUAAAAAAUGGAGGCAGGCUACCGCUUUUUGUUUAAUUCUGUAGAUUUCCGCUUCCUCCCAUUGCCCAUUAAUUUCCUUCAUCUGUAAUUUUUUGUUUCAGUAGUAGUUUUUUGUAUAUAUUUAAUAAUUAUUGUUAUUAUUCUGUACAUUUAAUUUUACAUCACCUUCAUGUGUGAAUUUUAGAGUUUAGUACUUUCAUUUUCUUUCAAUAAUUUUAAAUCAGGUAAUUAAAAAGAACUGCCUGUGAUUAUUGUGUCAAUGAUUAGAUCCAUUUUUUGAUCUUAUGAUUGAUUCGAUUUUGUAAGAAAAUUAAAAAUUAAAAAUGAUGAUGGUAAAUAAAAACGUUGGUUAUGUCGAUUCAAAAGGGGAGUUUCACUUUCCUUUGGGCCGUUAGGUUGUUAACAUAAGGUUUCACGGCCAAUUAGCCGUCUCAAGAUGGAUGAGUUUGCCAUGAAGGCAUAAUACCUUUCGGGAUGGCUAACGCAAUUAAUUUGGGGUACAAUGUAAGAAGUAUUUUCUAACAAAAAAACACAAAUCAUCCAUUUUUGUAAAGACUUUAAGUAUUUUUUACUUUUUGUGCCUCACUUUAAUGUAAAUAUAUAUUAAACAAAUAUAUACAAAAAUGUAAAGACACACCAGUAUUGUAAUAAAUCCACAAGCAUAAGUUCAUUGUUAAAGAUUAUUGUUAUUGAUAGAUAUUUUUUGUAACAACAUGUUUAACUAUCAAUAAAGCCUUACUGGAUGGUUA